CCGUAGCUGAUUGGUUAAUUGGAUGCGUGGCGGUUCUUCGACGCCUGAAAAACAGUUAGUUGCUGAACACAAAGACUGUUUCUCGUCGCGCAAGAGAAGAGCAUGACUUCCGAAAUAAACCUGGAUGAUUUCCCAACACUGAAACUAAAACAUGUACAUAUUAAGGACAAAAGACGUCUAUUAAAGACAAUAAACACAAUGUUGACAGAUGGAUGUAAUUCUUUACAGAUAGUCACUGAUUUUGACUUAACAUUAACUAAGCAACACGUCAAUGGAAAAAAAGUUCUCAGUAGUUUUGGGAUCUUUAGCAAGUGCAAGCAACUUCCAGAAAUAUAUGCGAAGGAAUCAAGUCGUCUUUAUCAAAAAUACAGACCAAUCGAAAUAGAUCCUAAUUUAUCUAUUGAAGUAAAAACAGAGGCAAUGAGAGAAUGGAUGAUAGCAGCAGAGGAAAUACUGAAAGGAAUACCUUUUACUCCUGACGAAAUACCAGAAAUAAGCAAUAUUUAUGGAACACAUUUAAGGGAUGGUACUAAAGAAUUUUUUAAAAAACUGCACUUUGUUAAAAUUCCAGUACUAGUCUUUAGUGCUGGUUUAGGAGAUAUCGUUGAAGCUAUAUUAAAGAAUCAAGGAGUUCUAUUCGAUAAUGUAAAGAUAAUCUCCAAUUUUCUCAAAUACAAAGAUGGAAAAUUGGCAGGCUUUCGAAAUGAAAGACUAAUUCAUGUUUUCAAUAAAAACGAACAUGCAAUAGAACAAGACUAUUUUAAAGUUCUUGAAGGAAGGAAAAAUGUUUUUUUAAUGGGUGAUACCAUAGGAGAUGCAUCAAUGGUCGAUGGAAUGGUGAAUACAUGUGCUGUACUAAAAAUUGGUUUUCUUUAUGACAAUAUUGAAAGCAGCCUGGCUUCAUUUAUGGAAAAAUUUGACAUCGUUUUGGUCGAUGAUCAAACGAUGCAAGUUCCAGUCGAUAUAUUAAGACUAUUGUUAUAACAUAUAACAAAUAAUUAAAUGUGAUUUUCUAAUUUUUAUUA